AUGGCACGAGUAUUCUUCGAAAUAGCCGGCAAUCGUGAGCGUUGGUUCGCGGUGAACAAGGUCGAGUUGGUAUCAAGCACCACACAUCAGAAUCGAACUAGAGAGGAACCGGUGUGGACAAGAUGUGCUCCUCGAUCGCCUGCCCUGCACUUCUCCUCUGAGAGAGAGACAUGA